AUGGCUUCACAUCGGCUGGAUAACCAGUCGCACGUCUUUCCCAAUAGCCAAGUCGAUUUGCCGGACAAAUUUGCUGAAGUGAUGAGUGGCAUAUAUCGCAGUUCCUUCCCGCAAGCGCACCAUCUUCCGGCCAUGAAGAAGUUUGGGCUGAAAACUAUUGUGACACUCGUUGACGAGCCCUACUCCCCUGCUCAUGAAGCCUUUCUCAGGGAAGGGAACAUCACCCACCAUCGAAUCCUAGUACAGCCAAACAAAGAGUUGAUUCCGAGGUCUCCCGACUCUGUCAUCGCGAGGGUUUUAGAAAUCUUGGUCAAUAGAAACAACCAGCCCGUCUUAGUACAUUGCAAUAAGGGCAAGCAUCGUACCGGUUGCGUUAUUUCCUGUUUGCGAAAGCUUCAAGGUUGGAGUCUUGACACGAUCAUUCCCGAAUAUCUGAGUUUUUCGCAUCCCAAGUCUCGUCUUCUUGAUGAGAAAUUCAUUGAAGAGUUCGAUGUCUCGAAAUUCACACAUCUGAGCCACACCCUGAGAACACCUCCCUGGCCUCUUCCCGCCAGCCCAAAGCUCUGUCUCGACAAUGACGAAGAUUGUCCUUCGCCUACCAAGUGGUAUCUGCAACCGUCCGUGAGCAGGGUGAAUGCUUUCUAAGCGCACUUACUCUUGAUGCAAUUAGAUGGUGCUACGCUUCCGAGGUUGUAUGGGCGUAUUCUUCUUAGGAGUUACAUGCGCUGUGGUCGGACUUCUGUUUUGUGAUCUUUCUGUAUUAAUGUUAUGUUUAUGAUAGCAAUAUCUGGAAUAAUAAGGGUUGGUUAUUU